AAUCUCUCAAUACCAAGCAAACAAAACACCACCUUCUUUUCUUUUUCUUUUUUCUCUUUGUGUGUCAUGGCUCACUGUGCAAAACACUUCUCUUUUCUCUUCCUUACAUUGCUCUUAACCUCUCUCCACACUGAAGCUAGAGAGAGCAAGUUCUUCAGCAAGGUCACUCCCAACAACAACAACAACAACAACAAUGUUAUAGACUCCGAACCUCCCCUCAUAUUAGCACCUACAUUCCCACCCACACUUGAACCUGCAUCUGCACCAGCACCAGAAACAGAACCUCCCAUGAUCAGCAAUGGCUAUGGCCUUUACGGUCACGAGUCUACUGAUGAAUUUCCUCCCACGAGGACCACGACAACAACAACAAAUGAAUUCCAGACAGAACAACUCAGUCAAACUUACAACUACAACAACAACAACAACAACAAUGGGUACACCACCACCAACUACAACAACAACAACAACAAUGGGUACACCACCACCAACUACAACAACAACAAUGGGUACACCACCACCAACUACAACAACAACAAUGGGUACACCAACAACAACUACAACAACAACAACAAUGGGUACACCAACAACAACUACAAUUACAACAACAACAACAACGGGUACACUGGCAACUAUAACAACAAUGGUUAUGUGGCUCAGAGACAAGGGAUGAGCGACACGAGGUUUCUGGAGAAUGGUAAAUACUCUUACAAGGGUGAUAAUCAGAACAAUUACUAUGGCACUAAAGGGUAUGUGUCUGUCAGUGGAAAUGGCAACCAUGGAGCUUAUUAUAGUAACAGUAAGAACUCAAAUGAGUUUGACUCCAUGGAAGAGUAUGAGAGGCAGCAGGGGUAUCCUCAGAGCCAAGCCCAAGGAGAUAAUUAUAUUCCGUAAAUGUUAGGGAGAGAUAGAGAGACAGCGAGAGGGUUGUGGUGUUUAUUAUACACAAGAUUAAAAGUAAGCAUAUGACUAAUUUAUGUGUUAUAUUGUAGUUCAAUAUGUAUUGUGUUUACUGCACAAUUGCUUUUUGUGCUUUGAGAAUCAGAAGGAUUGGAAAUCAUAUAGUUCUCAAAUUGAGUUUGUUAUAUUAUGUAAUUAAUUAUAUGUGCGGUUUUCCACUAGUGGAAUUAAAUCAAAUCAUUGUGCUUCUCUCA